AAUUUUUCGUAAAUUUUUUCCUAUCGCGCUUACAUUUUUCUCCACUGAUUCGUUAAUCAAAAAUUACGAGAAUAUUUAUUGUCUAAAAAUCAAAACUGGAGAGAAGAGUGUUUCGUUCAGACUGACAUCUCCCCUCAGUCCUCACUUCCUGUCACGCAGUCGACCGUUCCUGUCGCAAAACUCGCAACGAGGAUCUCUGACGCUUGCAUCGUCCUGUCGCUUUUCGUCGGAUUAAUCGUACUUUGGUCGUUCGGAAACGCCGUGCUAGAGAGCAUCAUGCCAAAGAAUAAGGGAAAGGGAGGUAAAAAUAGGAGAAGAGGGAAGAACGAGAACGAGACCGAGAAGAGAGAGCUGGUGUUCAAGGAAGACGGGCAAGAGUACGCCCAGGUGACAAAAAUGCUGGGCAACGGCAGGCUAGAGGCCAUGUGCUUCGACGGAGUCAAACGAUUGUGCCACAUCCGAGGCAAGCUGCGGAAGAAGGUGUGGAUUAAUCAGGGAGACAUCAUACUGAUCGGACUGCGAGACUACCAGGAUGCCAAGGCAGACGUUAUAUUGAAGUACACGUCCGACGAAGCGCGUAAUCUGAAGACCUACGGCGAGUUCCCAGAAACUGUGCGUAUCAAUGACACAGUAACCUUCGUGGAAGAUGGAUUCGAUGAAGACAUUGAAUUUGGUGACGAAAUUAGCGACGAUGAUGAAGAUGAUGUUGACAAUAUCUGAUGACCCGCAGUGUAAUAAUAAAAAAAAAAGGUACAUCACGAGAAAGUGCAUGGGGACAUCCUAUUCUCAUUUCACAAAAUGCAAUUAUACAACGUCAAAGUUUUCCUUCUGUCGAGUAGCUCAUCUCCCUGUAUCUACAAAUAAAUCGUCAGUUUAUGGGUAACAUCGUGUUCUAGUUUAAAUAGUCGUUUUUAAUAUUUGUAAAUUUUUAUAGGCGCAUCAGUUUCCAAAUAGCAAAAUUACAGAUAUUUAGCACGUUGAGUUAAAAUUCCUCGUACACGGCACAGAUUAGCGAGAUCUGCGUUUGUGUAUGUAAUCGGUGCGCAUAUACCAUCUUUGUACGAUUAUUUUUUUCUUUUUAUUUACGUUAUAUAUUAUCUGCCAAUUCGUGAAAUACACAUAUACAUUAUUUAAGAAAAUGUUAAUAUCACUAUGUAUAUCAUGCAGUAAGUACUCUUUUUAUAUGU